AUGAACUCCUUCGCUGUUCUCCUGCUCUGCGUCCAAGCUUGCUUGGUACAGUCCGUGUUCGGGCAGUGCUGUGGCUACGGCGGUAUCGGGUACGCGCCCGCUUUCGCCGCGCCCUUCGCCGCCCCCGCUCUCGCCGCGCCGGCCGCGUGCGGGCCAGCCUACGGCGGCGAGGGUAUCGGCGACGUGGCGUUCGGCGGCCAGCUGCCGGUCGCCGGCACCACGCUAGUCUGUGGACAAGUGCCGAUACUGGGCGCCGUGGAGUUCGGAGGCAUCGUGCCGGCCGGCGGCGAGGUGUCCAUUGCCGGCAAGUGCGCCUGCGUCAGCAUGGCGACCUCUCCGUUGCCGCAGCCGUACGCGACCGAACCGGAUCCAGCAGACGGCAUGGCGCCCUCUAGUCCCACAGUUCCCAAGAACGGCAGAGCGCCGCGGACAGCGAGCUCUCCGCACCUGAGCGCAGACAAAGAGUACGACUUUAGCGAUCAUUUUGAAUUGCUGGAGUAUGAACUUGAGAAUGGUCAUUGUAUUCUCGUCUCUGUACAAUACAAACACUUCAACAUGAACUCCUUCGCCGUUCUCCUGCUCUGCGUCCAAGCUUGCUUGGUACAGUCCGUGUUCGGGCAAUGCUACGGCGGUAUCGGGUACGCGCCCGCUUUCGCCGCGCCCUUCGCCGCCCCCGCUCUCGCCGCGCCGGCCGCGUGCGGGCCAGCCUACGGCGGCGAGGGUAUCGGCGACGUGGCGGUCGGCGGCCAGCUGCCGGUCGCCGGCACCACGCUAGUCUGUGGACAAGUGCCGAUCCUGGGCGCCGUGGAGUUCGGAGGCAUCGUGCCGGCCGGCGGCGAGGUGUCCAUUGCCGGCAAGUGCGCCUGCGGCUGCAGAGGAUACUGAAAAGCGACUAACGAAUCUAAAUGAAUUGAGCAAA